AUGCAGUAGUCUUAUAAGUUAUAAAAAAGAACAUAUUCUCCAAGAUUUCAGCAGUCCAAUUUGAAUUUUAUCUUUGGAUACACUUUGAUAGGUAAGCAGGCUGCAGAUCAUAUUUCUACUUCGUUUGAGUGAGCAUUCUGGUAGCUUUUGCUUUCUACUGUAACGAACAUGGAGACUUACAACAGCAAUGCACAAUAACCACAUUCCUACCAAACCAAAAGGUGAAUGAGACACAUGGUUUGCUUCUUUUGUUCCUUUUUUUCCCAUCGAGUUUGCUCAUCUAACCUUGCACGAUAUCCCCAGUCGGCCCCUUUGCUGCCUAUUUUGUUGUUGUCUCCUCGAGAAUCUGUUCAACAAACACUAGUUUUAUUCCAGAUGUCUGAACUAACAUAGGAACAGUAGAAGGUCCUUCAGGUCAGAUAGAGAAGAAUAUAAGCAAAGUGGCAGCAAAGAGAAUCUCCUUACUAUUUUGUGCGUCAGUUUGUAGUCUGUAGCUGAAGAUUUUUGCCCAAGAUGGCCUGUGAGAAGAAGAGUGCAAGCAGUUUUGCCGUCAAGGUUGGAUUGGUACUUCUUGCGGGAUGCAUUCUUGCGCCAAUUUCACUGGCGACAAUGUUCCGGAAUUAUGCGGUUCCUCUGCAAACAUUGAGCUUAUUGUUUUCAGUAGGUUCUGCUUCCUCAGUAAUGGGGGGAGGGGAAAGGAUUGCCUCUCAUCGUUCAGGCAGAAACGAAGGGCCCGUGCUGUGCGACUUUUCGAGCUCGAGAUCAGACGUGUGCGAGCUGAGAGGCGACGUCCGCGUCCUCCCCAACGCCACCAUCGUGCUCCACCAUCCCCUGGCGAGGCAUCAAUCAUGGCGGAUGAAGCCGCACGCCAGGAAGAGCGACCGCCACGCGCUCGCCCGCGUCACUGAGGUGACGGUCGCAUCGUCGCACGCCGCGGACCACGCCGCUCCCCGGUGCACGGCCAACCACACCGCCCCGGCCGUCGUCUUCUCGGCCGGCGGCUACGCGGGGAACAUGUUCCACGACCUGACCGACGUCCUUGUCCCGCUGUUCAUCACCACGCGCCGGUUCGGCGGCGACGUGCACCUCCUCGUCAGCGACGCCCCGCCGUGGUGGCUCGACAAGUUCCGGCCGCUGCUCCGCGGGCUCUCCCGCCACGACGUCGUCGACAUGGACAGAGGCGGCAGGGGCGUGCUCUGCUACCCGCGCCUGGUCGUCGGCCUCGAGUUCCACAAGGAGAUGAGCGUCGACGCCGCGAGGACCGCCGGCGAGUACUCCAUGGCCGACUUCGCCCUCCUCGCCCGGCGAUCCUACGGCCUCACUCGGGACACGGCCAUCCGGCUCCGCGGCCGCUCCUCCGGCUUCCGCCCCAGGCUGCUCCUCAUCUCACGGAGGUCGACCAGGGCGUUCACCAACGCCGGCGCCAUCGCGCGGGCCGCCACGGCCCUGGGGUACGAGGUGGUGGUGGGCGAGCCGGCGCGGCACGCGGAGCUGCCGUCGUUCGCGCGGGUGGUGAACUCGUGCGACGUGCUGGUGGGCGUGCACGGCGCCGGGCUGGCGAACCUGGUGUUCCUCCCGGCGGGCGCCGUGGUGGUGCAGGUGGUGCCGCUGGGCGGGCUGGACGCCAUGGCCGCCGAGGACUUCGGCGAGCCGGCGCGCGACGCGGGGCUCCGAUACGUGCACUACCGCGUCGCCGUGGCGGAGAGCACGCUGGCGAGGCGGUACCCGCGCGACCACCGCGUGCUGAGGGACCCCGCGGCGGUGCGGCGGGAGGGGUGGAUGGCGCUGCGGGCGGCGUACCUCGUCGGCCAGAACGUGACGCUCGACGUCCGCCGGUUCGGCGGCGCCCUGCGACGCGCCAUGGAGCUUCUCCGCUAGACGGACAUCGUAGACAGAACAGGGGGCCUCCUGGGCCAGGUGCAAGGACCGCACGCUGCGCAGGAACGAAGUCUCAAGAACGACUCCAUCGAGAUCUUCAACGCGACAACGCCUCAACGGCACCGUCACCGGCGGCGCCUGACGCGAUGAACAGGUUGUUCGAUCUGCAAUCCUGCAUUGAGAUUUCAGGAGUUAUCCUCUGUCGUUCUGUUUCGUUUCGGCUACUCCUCGAUGAAUGGGCGGCUGACAGUGAUGGAAUGAUCGUAUAGUACGUGUAUGUAAAACUCAGAGAAAAAUGUAAUGCAGUACAGUACAGAAGCAUGCCAUCGGUUGAAACGAAAACUGAAGUUUCUCA